UUGUGUGUGUGUGUGGCUAACCGAUCGUGCAAGCACCCCUUUUGUGUGCCCAUUGCCGACGCCAUGCUGUCGCGGCUCUGGGGCAUGAUCACCGGCAAGCGCCCGCCGGGCAGCUCGGAAGUCCGAGAAAGGGCCGAGGAAGGCGGAGAGCCGCCGGCGAAGCGGCGAGCGGGGUCGCCCAGGUCCACGUCUUCAGCGUCCAGAGGGAACACACCCGGCCAGGCGGCAAGCAGCAAGCCCCAGCAAUUCUACAUCGGCGGCCCCGAGUUCAAGCUCCUGCUGCUGGGGGACGGCCAAACGGGCAAGACCUGCUUCGUGCAGCGCCACCUCUCCGGGGAGUUCCCGCAGGUGUACCGGCCCACCGAGGGAUGCGAGAUGAGGAAGUUGAAGGUCUCUACGAGUCAGGGCCCGGUGCUUUUUAACAUCUGGGACACCGCGGGGCAGGAGCAGUUCUCCGGGCUGCGGGAUGGCUACUUCAUAGGCUCACAGUGCGCCAUGGUCUUCUUCGACGUCACCAAGCGCGAGAGCCACCAAAACGUGGCGCGCUGGGUGAGUGAAGUGAGGAAGGUGACGGGGGAUAUCCCCAUCGUGGUCGUCGGCAACAAGAUUGACCUUCCCCGCAUAGUGAAGGCUCAGGAGGGCUCGCUGCUGAUGCGGAAGCUGAAGGUUCAGUACUACGAUCUCAGUGUGAAGACUCGCUUCAACCUGGAGAUGCCCUUGCUGUGCCUUGCGCGGCGCCUGCUGCACGACAACUCACUGAAGCUAGUGGCGGAGGAGGGCCAGUUGCCGAGGACGCCCAGCGCGCCCAGCAGCCGCCAGCGCAGGCAAGCUGAGCUGGAUUUGGCCCGGGCCACCAACGUGCCCAUAGAAGAUGAUGACGACGAUCUCUAGCGGUCAAUAGAGGGCCGAAGAGCAGGUCAAGCAGCGUGUUGGGUCCC